CAAAGUUCGGAAGAUCUUAACUUUAUUGACUUCAGUCCCACCAGUAAAGAGGAGCUGUCAGAUGAGGCCGCACUCCUCCGAGUCAAGCAGGUGCUGUUAGACGUGGAUGCAGUCCCCUACAUCCCGCAGCUAUUCGCGUCACAGAAUCCUCCGAAACCGGGACACACAGAAUUGUACCGGAGCUACCCGCCGCAACCCGACAUCCCUCGGCCGGACCACCUCCUCCCCAGCGCCGCAGCUGAAGCCAAGAGGGCUCGAGUAGCCGAGGCACUGCCCGGCAGUGAGUCCACCGAAGGCGGAAGCCCCCUAGCGGAGAAAGGAGCCGAGGGGAAGGCGAGUAGAGGCAACUCCCCCGGACCAUCCGUGGAGUUGGCCGACACUCUGCCUGCGAUCCUGCAGGGUCGCCGGGUUGUGCGCAAACGAAAAGCGCAAGAAGUCGAGUCCUCCAGGUACAAACAUGCUGCCGUGUUGUCAUACAUCAAUAUUGUUGCAUGCUAACAUUUCCCGUUUGCAGUCCUCCCGCUUCUCCGCCCAGACCCAUGCUCCAAGAAAUGGGAACAGAUCCAGUAGCUUCUGCGACUGUUACCAUUGCCAUGGCGGGCACCGCGCCAUCAGCUGGUGUGACCCUGCCGCCGGCGAAGAGUACCCCGUGACGGGCUAUGCGGGUGAAGAAGGCUGUCAUGAAGAAGUCUAUGUUGUCUGCAAGCGCUGCUCCACACAAGUUGAAACAAGCCACAGCUACCCCAGCCCUCGAACCAUCGGCCCCAAUGGAGUCCGCGCCCAAGGAGCCAGCCCCCGAGGCAGAGUUGGUGGCGAGGAACAAGUCAAGGCCCCUGAUGCCGCUCCUACAGAUGGCACAGGUGCCCAGCAGCCAGCUUCUGAAGAUGCCGCAGGGACCUCAAGGAGUCCCGAAGAUCUGCUGAUGACCGGGCCCGGGUACCAGAACCUUAUUGCCACAGACCUGGUGGAUGACCCAAUGCUGAUGGCUAAUAACAUCAAAACCUUGAAGCAGGCUUACAAGGAGUUGUAUGAUUAUGCCAUGAACGUGAUCACGCACUCAUAGAAGAAAUCCGAGAAGCUGAAAGCCGUUGUGAGUGGUCACCAGGAGCUUGCUGCCAAGGACAAGCGCAUCUCCGAGGAGCUGACAAAGAACAUCUAUCUCCGGAGAGAAAUUGACAAGCUGAAGCAAGAGCGGACUCGAGAGACAUGGCUCCUCAAGAACGACCUGCGUAACCUCGAGAAAGC